GAUGGCGGAAGCGGAAUUCAAGGACCACAAUACAGCUAUGGAUAGUGAGCCAAACCCUGGCACAUCUUCUGUGUCGACAACAACCAGCAGCACUACCACCACCACCAUCACCACCUCCUCCUCUCGAAUGCAGCAGCCACAGAUCUCUGUCUACAGUGGCUCGGACCGCCAUGCUGUGCAGGUGAUCCAGCAGGCCUUGCAUCGCCCCCCCAGCUCAGCUGCUCAGUACCUUCAGCAGAUGUACGCGGCUCAGCAGCAGCACUUGAUGCUACACACCGCAGCUCUUCAGCAGCAGCACUUAAGCAGCUCCCAGCUUCAGAGCCUUGCUGCUGUUCAGGCAAGUUUAUCCAGUGGAAGACCAUCUACAUCCCCCACAGGAAGUGUCACACAACAGUCAAGUAUGUCUCAGACAUCUAUCAACCUCUCCACUUCUCCUACACCUGCACAGUUAAUAAGCCGUUCCCAGGCUUCCAGUUCUACCAGCGGCAGUAUUACCCAACAGACUAUGUUACUAGGGAGUACCUCCCCUACCCUAACGGCAAGCCAAGCUCAAAUGUAUCUCCGAGCUCAAAUGCUGAUUUUCACACCCGCUACCACUGUGGCUGCUGUACAGUCUGACAUUCCUGUUGUCUCGUCGUCAUCGUCAUCUUCCUGUCAGUCUGCAGCUACUCAGGUUCAGAAUUUAACAUUACGCAGCCAGAAGUUGGGUGUAUUAUCUAGCUCACAGAAUGGUCCGCCAAAAAGCACUAGUCAAACUCAGUCAUUGACAAUUUGUCAUAACAAAACAACAGUGACCAGUUCUAAAAUCAGCCAACGAGAUCCUUCUCCAGAAAGUAAUAAGAAGGGAGAAAGUCCAAGUCUGGAAUCACGAAGCACAGCUGUCACCCGGACAUCAAGUAUUCACCAGUUAAUAGCACCAGCUUCAUAUCCUCCAAUUCAGCCUCAUCCUCUAAUAAAACAUCAGCAGAUUCCUCUUCAUUCUCCACCUCCCAAGGUUUCCCAUCAUCAGCUGAUAUUACAGCAGCAGCAACAGCAAAUUCAGCCAAUCACACUUCAAAAUCCAACUCAAGACCCACCCCCAUCCCAGCACUGUAUGCCACUCCAGAACCAUGGCCUUCCUCCAACUCCUAGUAAUGCCCAGUCACAGCAUUGCUCACCAAUUCAGAGCCAUCCCCCUCCUUUACCAGUGUCUCCUAGCCAGUCCCAGUCAGCACAGCAGUCUGUAGUGGUGUCUCCCCCACCGCCUCAUUCACCAAGUCAGUCUCCUACUAUAAUUAUCCAUCCACAGGCACUUAUUCAGCCACACCCUCUUGUGUCAUCAGCUCUCCAGCCAGGGCCAAACCUGCAGCAAUCCACUGCUAAUCAGGUGCAGUCUACAGCACAGCUGAAUCUUCCAUCCCAUCUUCCACUUCCAGCUUCCCCUGUUGUACACAUUGGCCCAGUUCAGCAGUCCGCUUUGGUGUCCCCAGGUCAGCAGAUUGUGUCUCCAACAUCACACCAGCAGUAUUCAACCCUGCAGUCCUCUCCAAUCCCAAUUGCAACCCCUCCGCAGAUGUCGGCAUCUCCUCCAGCUCAGAUUCCACCACUGCCCUUGCAGUCUAUGCAGUCUUUACAAGUGCAGCCUGAAAUUCUAUCCCAGGGCCAGGUUUUGGUGCAGAAUGCUUUGGUGUCAGAAGAGGAGCUUCCAGCUGCAGAAGCUUUGGUCCAGUUGCCAUUUCAGACUCUUCCUCCUCCACAGACUGUUGCGGUAAACCUACAAGUACAACCAGCAGCACCUGUUGAUCCACCAGUGGUUUAUCAAGUAGAAGAUGUAUGUGAAGAAGAAAUGCGAGAAGAGUCAGAUGAAUGUGUCCGGAUGGACAGAACCCCACCACCACCCACACUGUCUCCAGCAGCUAUAACUGUGGGGAGAGAAGAUUUGACUUCUGAACAUCCUUUGUUAGAGCAAGUGGAAUUACCUGCUGUGGCAUCAGUCAGUGCUUCAGUAAUUAAAUCUCCAUCAGAUCCUUCACAUGUUUCUGUUCCUCCACCUCCACUCUUACUUCCUGCUGCUACCACGAGGAGUAAUAGUACAUCCGUGCCCAGUAGCAUUCCCAGUAUAGAAAACAAACCUCCACAGGCUAUUGUUAAACCACAGAUCUUAACCCAUGUUAUUGAAGGCUUUGUGAUUCAGGAGGGAUUGGAGCCAUUUCCUGUGAGUCGUUCAUCUUUGCUAAUAGAACAGCCUGUGAAAAAAAGGCCUCUUUUGGAUAAUCAGGUGAUAAAUUCUGUAUGUGUUCAGCCAGAGCUACAGAAUAAUACAAAGCAUGCAGAUAAUUCAUCUGACACAGAGAUGGAAGACAUGAUUGCUGAAGAGACGUUAGAAGAAAUGGACAGUGAAUUGCUCAAGUGUGAAUUCUGUGGGAAGAUGGGAUAUGCUAAUGAAUUUCUUCGGUCAAAACGAUUCUGCACUAUGUCCUGUGCCAAAAGGUACAAUGUUAGCUGUUCUAAAAAAUUUGCACUUAGUCGUUGGAAUCGUAAGCCUGAUAAUCAAAGUCUUGGGCAUCGUGGCCGUCGUCCAAGUGGCCCUGAUGGGGCAGCAAGAGAACAUAUCCUUAGGCAGCUUCCAAUUACUUAUCCAUCUGCAGAAGAAGACUUGGCUUCUCAUGAAGAUUCUGUUCCAUCUGCUAUGACAACACGCCUGCGCAGGCAGAGUGAGCGGGAAAGAGAACGUGAGCUUCGGGAUGUGAGAAUUAGGAAAAUGCCUGAGAACAGUGACUUGCUACCAGUUGCACAAACAGAGCCAUCUAUCUGGACAGUUGAUGAUGUGUGGGCCUUCAUCCACUCUUUGCCUGGCUGCCAAGAUAUCGCAGAUGAGUUCAGAGCACAGGAGAUUGAUGGACAGGCCCUUCUUUUGCUAAAAGAAGACCAUCUUAUGAGUGCAAUGAAUAUCAAAUUAGGCCCAGCCCUAAAGAUCUGUGCACGCAUCAACUCUCUGAAGGAAUCUUAACAGGAUCAUGAGGCUGUGAGAAAACAGCAGUUUUUACUUUUCUUAAACAGACUUGUAAGGUAAAGGCUCAAGUUGGCCUAGAAUAUUAUCAUAUAUUGUGGUGGAUAGCCAAGCACAUUGGGAUCUCCACAUCAAAAGGUGACAUUUCUUCUACAGAUAUAAUUCAUCAUACAUUUUCAUAAGUAGCCAACAUUGGUAAAAUUAAUUUUACAGGUUACAUGCAACAACGAAAGACUGAUAUAGAGGGCCAUGAUAUUUUUCAAAGAAACGUGUUAUACUAGAUAAUUUUUUAAAGGUGAUGUUUAUCGUUAAUAUAAAGAAUCCUUUUAAAAGUAAUUUAAUGAUUUACAUUUCUCCUCUUUUGAUUCGGUUUUCUUAUACAUUUUUCUACCCUGUAAGUUUUCUAUAGGUUGUCAUGAGAGAUAUAAUUUAGGAGUAAUUUAGGAAUAGUUUAGGAGUCCAGUGACUGGAAUUGUAUGCAAUGAGAUAUCAGUGUGCAUUUAAAAAAAUGUCUGUCAGACAGUUGCUUUGUCUAUAAAAAAAGGAUUGCAUUCUAGCAUGAAUAAUACUGAUCUGGAAGUCAGAAAAGUUGGUUUCUGUUCCAAACUUGACUAAGAAUUUGGUGCGGCUGAGAAAGUUUUCCUCUUAGUUUUUGUACAUUUAGAUUAGUGGUUCUCAACAGAAGGUCAGUGUUGCUGCCCAGGGGACAUUUGACAAUGUCUAGAGACAUUUUGGUUGUCAUAGCUUGGAGGGGCUGAGUGGGGUUGUUAAUUGGCAUCUAGACCAUGGAGGACAGGGAUGUUACUAAAUAUCCCACAGUGCACAGGACGGUUCCAAAACAAAGAUUUAUCGGGUCCAAAAUAUCAAGUAGUGUCAAAGUUCGGAAACCCUGGUGUAGGAGGGAUAAAUGUUGCUCUUUUUUACCCAAAGGGAUAAUUUGAAAAGAUGGAGCACAAUAAGGAAUACAUGAUACAGUGGAUGUAUUUCAGAUAGUAUUAAUGUUCUGCUGAAGUAUUUUUCCCAGUUUUAUGCAUCCUAGAGAAAAGGGAAAAGUCCACUAAAUUGACCUAUAAAAUAAGGACUAGCAUACAAAUAAUUUGACUCUCCGAAAGUACAGAUUCCUAUUAAUUAUCUUUCAUAUCUGCUUUUCUGCACUGAUGAAGGCGUAAUGUGAUUAUACCUUAUGAACCAGUGCAUAGCCUUAUAAGGAGUCCAAGCUUACCUGGCAUGACAGUAGUUUGUAGUGGAUAUGUGGUUGGUCUUCGGAUUUUUUUCUAACCUUGAACAUGCUGGGUCUAGCUAGAAUGCACAUUCCUUUUUCUUGACUAAACCCUUGCAUGCUUCCUACAAAGUACCCACCAAUAAUAUCUCUUGGAUUAUCAGACCUAAUUUUGUAAGUACAUGUUUUAGGGAAAAAAAUUUUAAAGUAAAAUUUUUCACCAAAUAGUGUCCUAUCAGAAUUAUGACAAUAAAACAAAAUUGUUGUGGGAGCCGUGAGAGCCUGAUAGUCCUGGACAUAAAAAAUUUAUUUUAAUCUUUUUUUUUUUUAAUCUUUGCCACACGAUGGAAAUGUUUUAAAAUAGAAGGAACAUACGUAGAUAUUUGGCAGGAGUUCAGUAAGUGGGGAAGGAA